AUGGAGAAGCCCAUGGCGGAUAUGGAGGAGUCCAUCAAGAGUUGCGUCAAGGAGGCCAUUGGUACGGAGUCCGAGAUGCGGCGCUUACAGGUGGAGGCCUUGGAGGCCAAAGCUGAAGUCUCUCGGUGUCAACAGGAGCUGGAGCAGAUGCGGCACAAGUUCAACUCGGAGGCCUCACAGACGCGGCUUCUGCAGUUGAGGCUGAAGGAGGCAGAGGGGGAGUUGAACGACGUCAAAGGCGUCCUAGAAGAGUCGCACCAACGCGGUGGCCUGCGCUUCUUGCAGCAG